GUGUAAUCGCACCCUUUUUCGGAACAAACUUUACCAGCGUCCAAGACCCAAAGAACCCCUUCAUUCCCACCCCACAAAUGAGCGUUCGUAUAGUAUACACUCAUGUGGAGGCGAGAGAACGAUUGCGGUUCCAUCUACUCCGUACCCCAACUUCAUGAAAGGUUGACCCUCUGAUCCCUUUGUCUGGCCAUGGGCAGUUUCUCCAUAUACUUUCAUGUCGUCAUGUUUUAAAAGAGGACUGGCUGCCCCCAUAAAUAAUACUCUUGUGCGAUGUACCUCCGAUACACGUCAGAUCUUUUACUCCCUCUUGGGCGUCCUCGCCCGCAGAGCUGGUCUUGUUCCUGAUUGAUUUGCUAUAUUGCCCCCUCGAGUGAUAGAUGACAAGGGGCUUUGUUCGUCCCUACGUAUAUUAUAUCGGAUUUUGCUUCUGUAUCGCUUUCUGGAUUGUGGCUUUCUGCGCGUGAUACCCAAAUACCAAUUUUGUAUUCUAUUUUGCUUUCGGGUUCAGCAUGGUCUUUUCGCAAUGUCUCUGUCGCAACAACAACUAUACGCCAUCUCAGUAACUGAACGGGUUUGCUCGGCCAUCUCUUUAACCGGCACCACCAUCAUUGUCGUCUCGUUCCUCGGUUCGAGUGCUUUUCGCAAGCCCAUCAACCGUCUGGUGUUUUACGCCUCCUGGGGCAAUUUAAUGACCAACAUCGCUACCGUCAUCUCCCAGUCAGGCAUUCACAUGGGGCUCAACAGUCCCCUGUGUCAGUUCCAGGCCUUCUUGAUCCAAUGGUUCAUGCCCGCCGAUGCCCUAUGGACUUUUGCCAUGGCCUGUAAUGUCUACUUAACAUUCUUUUACAAAUACAACUCCGAACAACUACGACGGCUAGAGUGGAAAUAUCUCCUCUUCUGCUACGGGUUACCUCUCAUCCCCUCCGUCGCAUAUUUCUUCAUUAAGACCAAGGCCCGGGGCAAGGUCUACGGUUAUGCGGUGCUCUGGUGUUGGGUUUCGCAGACCUGGGACUGGCUACGUAUCGCGGUCUUCUACGGUCCAGUUUGGUUCUUUAUUAUUUUGACGUUGGCCAUCUAUAUCCGCACGGGUGGUGUCAUCUGGGAAAGGCGACGCCAACUGCGGCAGCUUGACAACCUCGACUCGGCGGAUUCCUAUCCCAGGUAUGAAGGCGAGCCGGCCGCCGAACACUAUGAGGGGUUCGAGAUGCGUGAUACCGAACGCCCCCUCGAGCCUACCUACACUAGGGCAGCAACAGAAAUCCGCGUGACCAGUGAAAUUACACGCUCUCAACAAGGGAAUUACCCAACUGCCGAAGAAUUGCGUAACCCCGUCUCCCCAUUCUACAACCCGUAUUCUGUCACCGUCGAGGGCGGCUUCAUGAGCAGGCAAUCCAUUGGCCUCCCAUUAAAAGCAAUAAAACAUUCUCAUUCAGAAUCGUGGUCCCGCCGCCGCGCAAUGUCCGACACAAGUACGGCGGCUUGGGCUUAUACUAAGUAUGCGAUGCUCUUCUUCAUUGCCUUAAUUGUCACGUGGGUUCCCUCGACGGUCAACCGGGCAUAUUCGCUUGCCUACCCUAAUUCAUACAACUUUGCCCUGAACUAUGCAUCGAGCUUUGUUCUUCCGCUCCAGGGAUUUUGGAACAGUAUUAUUUAUAUGUCCAUCUCCUGGCCAGCUUUCAAGGCGGUUUAUCGGGAUAUCUGGGGAGGGAGUCUAGUGAGAGACCCUGGAUGUAGAAAUCGAGAAGAAUAUGAAGGACACGUCGGACAGACUUACAGUUCGAACGACAGUGUUCGACGUCUGACUCGCUAGUUCCAAUAGUGUUUGGC